UAAAUUGCAUUCAUAAGCAGAGCUCCACUAUGUGAUUCUGUAGAGAGAGAGGCGCCGUGCAAGAAAUACAACCAUGAGAUACCCUUCAAGCGAUGGAGCUACAGCGGCGCAGGAAGGGGAGAACAGCUACGCAGACGAGGACGAGGAAGAGGACGACGAGCAGGAGGAGGACAACAGCCACCCCAUCCCACCGGAUGGCGGAUGGGGAUGGGUGGUGAUGGUGGCGUCCUUCCUGUGCAACAUGAUAGUGGAUGGGGUUUGCUUCUCCUUUGGGGUUGUCAGCCCGGAGUUCAUGAAGGCCUUUAAGGCGACCAACUCCCAGGUCAGCUGGGUGGGGUCUUCACUGACCGGCUGCUAUCUGAUUGUUGGUCCAUUUGUGGCAGCUUUGUGCACAAGGUACGGCUGUCGUAAGGUUACAAUGGCCGGCAGUGUAAUAACAAUGGCAGGCUUUCUACUUAGUACACAAUCCAGUAGCAUUGAGAUGCUGAUUGCUACCUAUGGCAUCAUUGGAGGUAUUGGGUUUGGGAUGAUUUACCUCCCCUCCAUCGUUUGUGUUGGCUACUGGUUUGAGAAGAAAAGGGCUUUCACCACUGGCAUCGUGGUCUGUGGCACCGGCAUCGGUCAGUUUGUUUUCCCGCCGCUGGCACGUUAUUUGCUCACAGAGUACACCUGGGAGGGUCAGAACUUAAUUUUCGCCGGCAUCGUUCUGAAAUGUGCCGCGUGUGGCAUGCUGUUUAUUCCACUGGACAGAUGGGGGUCGAAAAAACGCAGGCCGGUUCAGGCGCGGGUGGAGAUCGAGCGAGGAGCAAUCAUGAAAGCUCUGAUUGAGGAUAAAAAAAGGCAGAGGACUAUUUCCAACGGAUCUUUGGAUAACUGCAUAAUCACAAAGGAUAACAAACUGAUUAAGCUUGACUCGAAGAUCUUCGAGAUGAAAAGGAACGAUUCUUUCAUCGCCAGGUUUAAGAAACAGCUGGGGUUCAGCUCCCAGAGCCUGGCCCACUCAAAGAACAGCCUCCCGGGGUUCGUCAUCGACGCCGUGCAGAAGAGCUCCCCCAUCUACUGCCCCAACGGCACCCACCAGCUUGCUCACUCUCAGAUUGUUCAGAAGCGCGGCUCCCUGCCGGACGGCAUCGUCCUGCCGCGCAACAACUCGUCAAUAUCAAUGCUCACUAACGGUCGGAUCCCCACCUCUAACGGGUCGUUGGCGCCGAACGGUGUGUCUAAAACUCGCAGCUGCAGCGUGAUCCCCAUCAACGACCAGUACGUGCAGAUAGGCGAUGACGUGUUGGAGAUGCGUAUUGAGCAGAUCAGCAACGGGGGCGGGCCGGUGGUCACUAGGUCGACCAGUGACCUCCAGUCUUCUCCCACCAUUGAGGGAAAUGUUAUUAGUAUCCACAUGAUCCCCAGCGACACCAGGACCAUCAGGUACAGGUCGAACAGUUCCAUGGCCAGCAGCUACAAGAGCCACCUGUCCUCCCAGUCCACGUACCUGAGCAACAGCAUGCUCAGCAUCCCCCAGAUCCAGGCCAGCCUGGAGCAAUACGAGAAGGAGCUGGACCGCAAGUCCUCCCUCCUCUACAAGUUCUGGGUCAUCUUCUGUGAGAUGGUGGACAUCAAGCUGUUGAUUAACCCUGUUUUUGCCUUGCUGGCUUUGUCCACCUUUCUCACCCUCCUUUCUUUCUUUAUCCCAUACUUCUACUUACCAACCAAAGGACGAUCAAUAGGGAUGUCAGAUGAGCGCGCCUCAUUUCUUAUCUCUAUCAUCGGCAUCACCAACACGGUUGGGCGUAUCAUAUGUGGCUGGGUGGCAGACCGGCCCUGCAUCAACUCCUUACAUCUGAACAACUGUGCCCUCAUCUUGGCUGGAAUCGCUGUGCUGCUGUGCCCUCUUGCCACUAAUGAAGACAUGCUCGCAGCCAUUUCUGCUUUUCUUGGUCUUUGCCUAGCUGUUUUUGUGUCUCUGAGAACCAUCCUGCUGGUGGACUUGCUGGGGUUGGAGAUGUUGACAAAGUCUUUCGGGCUGCUCAUACUGUUCCAGGGAGUGGCUGCAUUUAUUGGUCCACCUAUUGCUGGUCAGCUACUAGACAAGACAAAAAGCAUUGACAACUGUUUCUACUUUGCGGGAGCCUUGAACAUUAUCUCAGGCCUUCUCAUGUUGCCCAUCUUAUUCCUCAAGACCUACAAAGAUCGAGGGGCGACCCCGCCCCUGCCAACAAGGCACCAGGAGGCGCUACAACUGGAAUCUGCUAUUUAGUGAAGGCGGCAAGAGAUGCGUCAGUUAAAAUCUUCCAUUUUAGCGGAGGGGAAAAAAAUGGCUUUCAUAUUGCAAAGACUGAAAUGAGAAUCAUCUUUUUUUUAAAUUUUAAACUGUUGAUAGCUACUGUCAUAUACAUGAGCAAUAUUUGUUUCAUGAUCUGUUUAACUUGAAUGCCUGUUCAUUAUUUUUUUCCCCCCUAUCUUCCUUCCUACCUCUCCUAACUGCCUAUAUAAGAGAUCUCUUCUCUCAUGUAUUGCUGUAUAGCACAAGAGGAAUUUUCUUUCAUACUGUUGAAAAAAACUAAAGCAACAUAUUUUCAUAGGAUGAAUUUUACAAAAAAAAAAUCUAUGUUGAAAAUUUUUUUGCACUUUGAAAAUCAGUCAAAGUUUUUGACAUUUUUAAGCUUUAACCGACCUUCCUGUUUAAAAGUGUGUACUGUAAUUUUUUUGUUUACAUUACAUACCUAAAACAAUAAUUUACGGCAAUAUUUUGUUCUAUUCCUUACAAUUUAACCUAUUUCAUCUUAUUUGGGAGCCAAAUACACUAUUUAUGUAGAAAAAAAAACAUGUGCCAUAGUUAUUUAAUUUUUUUUUUGGUGUUUUUUAAAGUGCCAUAUACAGCUCCACCAAAGCAGUAUUUUAAUUUUUCAUACAUUUCAAAAUGCUACAAAGGUAAAAAAAAUAUUUUUAAAAACCUCAUUCAAUUCUUUAAAAUUUAUUUCUAUUCAUCUUAGUGAAAUUCCUUUGUUUUUGUCUAUAACACAUUUCAAGUAGAUUUGAAUUUCAAAUCCCUUGAUAAAUGGCUUUAGACACUGGAUUUUUUUUAUUUAAAAAUCUAUUUUACUUAACUUGCCAACUAGCUGCAUGGUACUUUAAAAUUCACUUUUUAUAACACACUGUAUUAUAUUUCUUCCUCUAGUAUUUUGUUCCCCAUUGAGUCGAUUGGUUUUUUCAUUGAGUCAGUGAUCGUGUACAUUUUAUCUUUCAACUUACCAUGCAUGAAUACAACGUCAUCUGCUUUUCUCCUCUCUAUACCUACAGAUAUUUAGUCAUUACAUGAGACUACUGACUAAUGCCCUACAUCCUACCACUUGUUCUGUUAUUUUACGAAGCUUGCGUGUUCCUAUAUUUUUUUUUUUUUUGAUGUAAAGGCUUGUUACAAGUGUGUAUCACAGUACAACAUUUUUAGAUUGUACACUUAUUUUUACCUUGUACAUGAUGUACAAUAUGUUUUAUUGAAGUAUGUGCAUUGUUUGUUUUUUAAAUUUAUAAAAAAAAAUUGAUUUUAAUUAGUCAUAAUUUUUUUUCCAUACUCAGUAUUAUAUUAUGUGUAUUUAGAACCUGUAACAAACUCAACUAGGCUGUAUCUUAUUUUCCUUCCUGUUAAAACUCUACACAGUAUGUUAGCCAGCAACGCAUACAUUUACUUUAACUCUACAGUUGUUUUUUUUAUAUAGUUUACUAAGAAUUGUUUUAUAGUUCACUUUGGUACUAAUGACUAUUCCAAAUAUACAAAAAAAUUUCUUUACAUCUGUUAACUCUUUCAUACUUUAAGGAUAAUUUUUAACAUCAAUACAAAUAGUAAUUUCUAUGAAAUUUUAUAAACGAAUGUAGGUAAAAUCUUAAUUACAAAUUGUCACAAAUGUAGGUAAAAUCUUAAGUACAAAUUGUCAGUACUGGUGUAAGCACUUACAUUGUCAAGCACACAUUGCUUACAUCAGAGCUUCACAACUUCCUCCUGUAACACUUCAAAUGUAAUCAAGUUCAUUCAGUUCAACUUUUUUACUCAUCAUUGAAACAACUUGUAAAAACAAAUCUUGUUUUUUUUAAAACUAAUUUCAGCCAUGUAGAAAUUUUUGUUGCCACAUUGUUCCUACAUUUUUAAACACUUGUUAAAUUUAAUUUAUUUUUUAAAUUUUAGAAAUAAUAAAAGGAUACAUCAGUUAUCUUAUCAGGUGGCUUGAAAAACGACUAA